CCCGGGUGAUGACGUAGGCUUCACUAGUGCAUGCGCAGGGUGGGGAGACCUUGGAAUAGCAGUGGGGCGGCUUAGCGGAGGUGAAAGGAUUGGCGAAAAGGAAAGCACGGGGGAAAAAUGCAGAGUUGGAGUCGUGUGUACUGCUCCUUGGCCAAGAGAGGCCAUUUCAAUCGAAUAUGCCAUGGCCUACAGGGAGUUUCUGCAGUGCCUCUGAGAACUUAUGCUGAUCAGUCAAUUGAUGCUGAUAUAACAGUGAUAGGUUCUGGUCCUGGAGGAUAUGUUGCUGCCAUUAAAGCUGCCCAGUUAGGCUUUAAGACAGUGUGCAUUGAGAAAAAUGAAACACUUGGUGGAACUUGCUUGAAUGUUGGUUGUAUUCCUUCUAAGGCUUUGUUGAAUAAUUCUCACUAUUACCAUAUGGCCCAUGGAAAAGAUUUUGCAUCUCGGGGAAUUGAAAUGUCUGAAGUUCGUUUGAAUUUAGAGAAGAUGAUGGAGCAGAAGAGUACUGCAGUAAAAGCUUUAACAGGUGGAAUUGCCCACUUAUUCAAGCAAAAUAAGGUUGUUCACGUCAAUGGAUAUGGAAAGAUAACUGGCAAGAAUCAGGUCACAGCUACGAAAGCCGAUGGCAGCACUCAGGUUGUUGAUACAAAGAACAUUCUUAUAGCUACAGGUUCAGAAGUUACUCCUUUUCCUGGAAUCACGAUUGAUGAAGAUACAAUAGUGUCAUCUACAGGUGCUUUAUCUUUAAAAAAAGUUCCAGAAAAGAUGGUUGUUAUUGGUGCAGGAGUAAUUGGUGUAGAAUUGGGUUCAGUUUGGCAACGACUAGGUGCAGAUGUGACAGCAGUUGAAUUUUUGGGUCAUGUUGGUGGAGUCGGAAUUGAUAUGGAGGUAUCUAAAAACUUUCAACGCAUCCUUCAAAAGCAAGGAUUUAAAUUUAAAUUGAAUACAAAGGUUACUGGUGCUACCAAAAAGUCAGAUGGAAAAAUUGAUGUUUCUAUUGAAGCUGCUUCUGGUGGUAAAGCUGAAGUUAUCACUUGUGAUGUACUCUUGGUUUGCAUUGGUCGACGACCCUUUACUCAGAAUUUGGGACUAGAAGAUCUUGGAAUUGAAUUAGAUCCUAGAGGUAGAAUUCCAGUCAAUACCAGAUUCCAAACAAAAAUACCAAAUAUCUAUGCUAUUGGUGAUGUGGUUGCUGGUCCAAUGCUGGCUCACAAAGCAGAGGAUGAAGGCAUUAUCUGUGUUGAAGGAAUAGCUGGUGGUGCUGUGCACAUUGACUACAAUUGCGUUCCAUCAGUGAUUUACACACACCCCGAAGUUGCUUGGGUUGGCAAGUCUGAAGAGCAGUUGAAGGAAGAGGGUAUUGAGUAUAAAGUUGGAAAAUUUCCCUUUGCUGCUAAUAGCAGAGCUAAGACAAAUGCUGACACAGAUGGCAUGGUGAAGAUUCUUGGGCAGAAAUCAACAGACCGAGUACUGGGAGCACAUAUUCUAGGACCAGGUGCUGGAGAAAUGGUAAAUGAAGCUGCUCUGGCUUUGGAAUAUGGAGCCUCCUGUGAAGAUAUAGCUAGAGUCUGCCAUGCACAUCCGACCUUAUCAGAAGCUUUUAGAGAAGCAAACCUGGCUGCAUCAUUUGGCAAAUCAAUCAAUUUUUAAAUUAGAAGAUAUAUUUUCUGAAAUCUCCUGGAAGCUUUUGUAGAGGUCACAGGAUAUGCUCACAGUUCCAACAAUUUCUAAGACUGAAUUAUGAAACUUUUGGAAGGAAUUUAAUAGGCUUGGAAAGAAUGGAAUAGUCUAUAUUUUGAAAUAUUUUGUUUCAAUGCAUUACUAUGCAGGACAAAAAGCUCUUAAUAAUAGAAUCCUGCAACGUUUUCAUCAACCCAUAUUUUCAUGCUACUUAUGAAAGGCUCAACCUCCUUGAAUUAAUGUUAAGUGGCUUUUAUCUGAUUCAGUAAAGUUGGAUUUAUUUUUUACAAGGAUGGAGCCUGGAGUAUGGUUUGUCAGCAACUGUGUUUGAAAGAAGGUGAUCAAGUUAUUUUAAAUUUGGUUUUCAUAUUGGAAACAAAUCAGUUAUUAGAACAAUAUUAAAAUAUAUAUGAACUGAACUCGUGUAAAUAAAGUUACCAUCUCUUCCAUUUCAAACUCUUAAAAUUCUUGCAGUUUAGGGAUAGAAUUUAUGUAUUUCAGGGGUUUUUAAAGGUUCCAUUGAAGCUUACAAAUCUGUUACAGUUACUCAAAGUCUUAUCUACAGAACUCAAAUAUUAAAAUGGAGACUCAAAUGUAUUAUAGUAAGGAAUGAAGAUACCAAAAUAAAUGUCUUAAUAUUCACUUACUGGUUAUUCUAAGUGCAUGUUGAGAUGGUCCUGAUUCAUUUAUGACUACAUCUGGUGUAUAUUUUAUUAUUACUUUUAUAGUUCUGAAUAUCUUUUUCAUAUUGUACAAUAUUAAGUACAUCAUUUAAAAAGUCAUUUCUCUUUCAUCUGCUUUACAGAUACCUAGUAAAUGUUUAGCAUAUACUUUUGGAGAAAUACAACAUAAAGGAUCUUAA